AUGUGGCAGGGGUCAACCCUUUUAACGUCUAAAGAGCAGCGCAAGCGGAAUAUGAAGACUCUUAAGCUUCAGCUCGACUACGUUCUGGCUAGGAACAUCAGAAAAUCUAGAGCUGUUUGGGACGUCGCGUUCGACUGUGACCACCGUCCAGUUCUCCUCAGCACCAAGAUACGGUUCCACAAGAGAAACCGAGGAGUUCUGCUUCAAGCGAAAAUCGACAUGGCAGGUCUGAAUGAUGAUGGAUGCAGAACAAAAUUCCGCCAACGUGUGUCAAUUCAUGUUGGAGUACGGACCAGGAAGAAGUUUAGCGAUGCGGAUUCCUUCACAAAGUGCAUCCAGGAUGCUGCAAGAGAAACGCUCCCGGUGCUAUUGCCGUGGAAGAAGUUUGCCUUUGCAUUUGCGGAAACAAAAUCCACAUACAAUUCUGUAUUUGUCGCGAGCAGCGCUGGUGACUUCAACCAGGAAAAGCGUCUUAGAAGGAAGCUGCGUCGUCAACUGCAACAAGACCGCGAUAACGAGUGGACGUCAAGAGCGAUGGAGUUUGAGAAGGGGUUGGAGGACAGGAACCCGCGGAAAGCCUAUGCUCUACCAAAACGGUAUAGCCGCAAAAUGAAAAGAUGUUCCUGUGCUCAACACUGCCAAUGGAGUUGCUGUCGGCGAAGCAACCCUUCCAAUUUGGAAGGAACACUUCAAGACCUUGCUGAACCGGCUAGCACCGUCAGCUCCUGA